AUAUCAUUGAAAGAUCAUUGAAAUAUUUAUAUACAUAUUUGAUUCUUUCGCGAACGUUAGUCUCCAGAGGAUACGUCUCUUUUACGCUUCACCGUGCUUCGGUGAAGAUCGAAAUAAUUGUUAUUAUACGCGACCGUUGUAUCGCGCGAAAACAGAGUGCGUCAUGACAGCAGGCGAGAUGAGUUUUUCCCGUCAUUUUUCCUGUUUCGCUUCUACAAUAAAAGGUUUUUCGAAAUGCUCCUAAUAUCGUGAAGUUAGGCAGUGAUCUUUCUCCUCGGGAGAAUCCCAUUCGGGGAACAUUGACCGGAACGUUGUCGGAAAGGUUCAAGGACAGAUCGAUUCCGCUUCCCGUCUCGAAACGAACGAACACGUUUCGCUUCGAGAUCUUACAGAAGCAUCGUGACCGUAUAAGUGAUUCGAAGCUGAGCCCGUUGAUUGAUGUUGCAAGACCGAAUUAACGAUCCUACGAAAAGUAAGAAUGAAACUUUCGAAGACUUGCUAGAUGUACAUUGACAUCUAGCAAGGACGAAGUCGAUCCAGUUCCAACGAAAUCUUUAUCGAAAAGUAUUAAAUGACUCACGAUCAGAACGAUCUAUAUUUAACGGAUCGGUGAUGACGUUGCGUAAAGUAUUGUCGAUAUGACUAACUUGCAUUAUAUCGCGGGAGGGAAAAGAAGAGAGAAAAGAACGAAGGAGAUUUCCGCGCCGAAAGGAAUAUGGGCCGUGGUACGAGGAAUGGCCAUUCAAGGUCAUAGUGGAACGUAUUGAAUUCGAGCGGCAGUCGAACAAGUCGGUGGACUUGACGAGUCGGUUUAUUUCGGCGAAUCGAAAGAAUUCCAGGUUGUAUCGAUCUUGGAUGUUAACGGAGAGGAUGACGUUCUUCGUUAUUUCGAAGAAAAUCUACAGGAAAAUAAUCAACGUUUGAAAAUGAUGGCUUUGGUACGCGGAGUCGACCGGUGUGGCGCCAACCAAGAAGAGGGGAUUCCAAUAAAAAUACGUGUAACUCGCACGCGUUCCUGAAGUGGGCAGAACGCGUUCGGCAGCUCGCAGUUUCCUUUACGUGUCUCGUCCGAUAAUGACAUCGACGACGAUAUCGAGGUAUCGCGCGAAUAGCGUCCUGACACGUUCAUUUGCAUUCACCUUCGAUUUUUAAUAAUUGCCACGAGUGUUUGUGUACUGUUAUAAACUCUAAUUAUAAAACUGACGUUUGUUACUUGACCUUUUGUCAAAGAGAGGAUCAUCAUGGAAGGAAGUUCGGAAGAUGCUCGCUUCGUCAAAACCUUUCAAAGACUACGUACGUACAAAUUACCGUCAGCGAAGAAACGGUAUUGUUUCGAAAGGAAAACGAGAGAAGCCAAAGAGGAGGAGGAGGAGGACGCUUCGCGAUGUUUUCUUAAUAGCGAAAAAGUGGUCAGGGUCAUCGGGGUGACGCCGGAUAAGACGGCAAGUGGAAUCCAACAGGAAAUAUCGAUAACCAACGAAUCUCCUCUCGAGGUAUCACCGAGAAAGGGAAUAAUGGACGGCGAGAUCCGUCGACAAGCAUUGAUCGGCUUCGUAUGUAAUCUCCUGGUCAUCGACAGCGGACUCCAAGAAGGCUGGAGUACGCCGACCAUUCCAAAGUUCACCAGCAAGGAGGAUCCUCUACGCGUGAAUAGCGAUCAAAUCGCUUGGAUCGUCAAUUUGAUGUACGUCGGCGUUGGAAUCGGUUCCACGAUGCCGUUCCUUCUGAUGAAUCGUAUAGGUCGUAAGAAAACCUUACUCCUAGCCGCACUACCCAAAAUCAUUAGUUGGAUUCUGAUUGGUGUUGCGACCGAUCGAGCUACCAUCUUCUGCGGUAGAAUACUCGCCGGCAUUGGCUGCGGCAUUUCCUAUUCGGUAUUGCCGAUCUAUUUCGGCGAGAUCAGUAGCAAACGUACUCGUGGUCUCUUAGGUACGAUGAUGGCGGUUAAUUUGAACGUCGGAGUGCUAUUGGUAUGUUCGAUCGGUCUCUGGAUUUCUCGAUUCACAAUGGCCAUGAUAGCCGUGUGCGUGCCAAUCUUGUUCCUGGUAACUUUCGCCUGGUUACCCGAGAGUUCGGUCUUUCUCACGCGACGUAACGAGCUCAGCUUGGCGGAGAAGACAUUGCGAUGGGCCCUGGGAAAGGAGAACAUCGACGAGGAACUCGAGGAGAUCAAAAGAACGUUAACCAUGGAAGAUUCUUCGAAAAAAUUGAAUUUCCUCGAGACCAUCAAAGAGAUGUACAAGAACAAAGAGAACGUUCGAGCCUUCGGUAUAAUCUUAAUUCUAUACAGUGCUUUGACGCUCACGGGCGGCGCGCCGAUAUUGGCUUAUCAAUCGGACAUCUUCGAGAAAGCGAACUUUGAGGUAUCGGCGAAUUUGAGCAUUAUCGUGACUGGUUGUGCCAUCGUCAUAGCUGGCACCACUUGCGUCUUCUUAGUUCGCCUCACCGGAAAGAGAGUGUUGCUUUUCAUCUCUGCGCCAACCUGUUUGUUCGCUCUUAUCAUUUUAGCUAUCUUCUUCACUCUUCUCUCGGCGGGUUACGAUGUCUCCAAGUUCAACUGGAUACCCUCGGUAUUCAUCAUGAUUUAUGUUCUUGGUUAUGGAUUAGCACUGAAUCCAAUGCCGCUCGCUUACCUCGGCGAAAUAUUUCCUUUCGAAAUGAAAAGAGCUGCCGCGAUAUUUACCUCGCUCUAUUACGCUGGAACAACCACGGUGAUGAUCAAGUACUAUCAGGUCACGCAAGAUUUAUACGGUACGCACGUACCCAUUUGGACUUAUACCGUGAUAACUAUGAUUUUAUGGAUUCUGAUUUAUUUCUUCGUGCCCGAGACGGAGGGAAAAACAUUGGAGGAGAUACUAUUGGAACUGAAGAAUAAGAAAUAACGUAUCGCCGAGUCAAAUCGUGGAAUCGAUUUCUCAAAGUCUCGAUGUUUCUGAUCGUACAUGUACAUAAGUGUAAUAAAGGUAUAUCGUAAACAAAUCGAAUAUAAAAA